AUGUCGACCAUCUAUGCCAGCAUUGAAAGCGGUGGCGGUCCGCUCGCCUACAGCACGUCGAAGACUGCGCUUCACAUGGUCAAUCGCACAAUGGCGAACGAGUUGAAGCGGGAGAACAUUGCGGCCUUUUUGCUUGAUCCGGGCAUGGUAUACACGAACAUGCCGCUUAGUAGCUAUGAAAGUGAGGGAGUUAAAGUGGUGGCUGAAAUGGCCAACUUGAUCGGGAAAGCGACGAUGACGGAUACAGGCAAGCUGAUGGACCACAACGGAACUGUGUUACCGUGGUAG